AUGGUAAGAUCAAAGAAAACAAGGAAAGGCUUGCUCACGCGAUCUACGUCAAUUACAGGAAAGAAAGGUCUAACGAAACAGAAGACCUUAAAGCCGGAACACACUAGGCAAAUAAUUCGACGAUUCCAUAUUCUACAAAAGAAUAAACACGCAAUUUUGACAAAGUUAGGAACCCAUAUGACUUCCAUUGAUGACCAUAACUACGAGAGUUUGAAGAAAGACAACUUAUAUCAAACAGAAUUCAAUAGCUUUAAAGUUCCAUCCAAGUACAGUGAUAAUGAAGUAUACCGAAUCGAAAAUGGACUAGCUAAAACUGAUUUGAUUAAAAUUCUAGCAAGAAUUGAUUCAGAAAUCGAUCAGAGGGGUGGUAUACAUGUUUAUCAAUCCGCAUCGACCCAGGGCCAAACUGGCAAAAGAGGAGGAGAUUCAUCAAAGAAGCUAGUCGAGUGGUUGAAAGAUGACAAGUACAAAUCAAAAUUGCAAAAUGUUACUGCUUUGGAAAUUGGAUGUUUAAGUCCUCAUAAUGUUAUUUCUACUAGUGGCGUAUUCUCCUCGGUUUGCAAAAUAGAUUUAAAUUCACAAGAUCCUGCCAUUGAACAACAAGAUUUCAUGAAGCGACCAUUGCCAGCAAAUGAUUCUGAGAAAUUCAACUUGAUCUCAUGCUCCCUUGUGAUCAAUUUUGUUCCAUCUCAUAAAGAAAGAGGUGAUAUGUUGCUUAGAAUGACAAAAUUUUUAAAGUCACCCAAAAAUGGAAGUUUGAGCAGUUUGUUCCUUGUGUUGCCAAUCCCUUGUAUUACAAACUCACGAUAUUUUGAUAACCAAAGGCUAAUUCAAAUCAUGUCAACUUUGGGGUUUGAACAAACUUUUUUUUACGAGGCAAAGAAAGUGGCAUAUUGGCUUUUUGACUGGAAUGGGAAAGUUGUUAAAUCUGCAAAAUUUCCCAAGAAGGAACUACACUCUGGCUCCCAGAGAAAUAACUUCUGUAUCACAUUUUAG